AUGGAAGAAUGUGAGGGCGUGGUUACCAGUUUUAAGCAACACGAAGCAAUUCUGUGUUCAGGCCAACAUCAUAGCAACCUGCUGCUGUUCAACCAACAGGAGCUUCCACACCUCACCUGUGUAGGCUGGGACACACCCACCAAGCGAAGUAGUCUCGGCUGGCUGUCAGUGUGCAGACCAGCACCGCACAGGGAUCGGCAACAGUGGCCAGAGUUUGAAAAAAACAGAGGGGAAUUCCCAGCUUCUCUCAGCAAACUACGACAGCUAAUAGAAGACAAAGUGCAUAUUGUACAUUCUGAUAUCACAGAGGACCGACAGGGUGUGGCGUUUGCGGGAGACACUGAAGGAGGACUGUGGAAGUUUGCUGUCUUGAGUAAGGAGUUGACCUUUCACCUCCAGCAGCUGCAGACAGAGACUGAACACGAGCUCAACUGCAUACAGACACAACAACUACACGUUGAAGGCCGUCUCCAGCAGCUGUCCUCGGAGUUGUUUGUUCUGCGAGAGAAGAAGAAACAAAUCCAGCAAGAAUUCUCAAGUAGCCCCACCCUUCAGACGUCUACCUUGCAGUUGAGGGCUUGUAAGGAGCUUCAGCCCUCUAUUGCUGGUUGUCUGGUCCAGUUGGAGAAGCUUGUGUUCCAGAAGGAGGCACUGAGCACGCUCCAUUACCUUCUGACACAAGACUUGCAAAGAUACCAGGAAGAGACACAGAGAUUAACCUGUCUCACACAGAAAAUAAGCAAACUCAGGCCAGAAAAGGAAGACAGGACUUCCACCAACAACAGCUCCUGUGGCCACAGCAUGCAAGAAAAGAACGAGACAAACAAUAUGGAGCCUGAAAACGAAUCAAACAAGCAGUCGGGCAGCCUGUCAGAAGAAGAACCCUCCACUCCCCGAGUUGUGCGACCCAGCCCCAAAUAUCAGCUGUUUCUCGACAACGAUCUGAAGACCAACGGCUUGAGUAGCAAGGAUGCAGAUGGUUCGGGAGGUGGAGGGUCAUCGGGGGAGGACGGCCCCAGGCUGUCCCGGUGGGAGACCACUCGGCCGGGGGUCAACAACUACCAAGGGUCCAUGGAGUCACUCGCCUCGCGGGACUUUGACACUGAUCGGACACUUUUUGUUGAAAGCACUCGAGUAUUCAACAGUCCCUAUACCAUGAAUGUGAACGCAUCUGCUGAUUAUAACCCCCUAUACCGAACAAAUGACUUUAAGAGUGGAAUAUCUCCGGCCACAUCAGAAUUGAACCUGCACACCUUCAACAGUCGCAGUGACAGUCCUGUGCCUCUCAAGCCCUCUCGCAGGCAAUAUUCUGCCUACGAUUCUCUGUUGAAGAGGAGAAACGACGUUCCUAACCCUGGGAUAUCAACCCACUACACCAUGCGUAGUGCCACUCUGGGAGGCCUCAGUAGAAAAGACUUUAUUGAAGAAUUGACCAAGCAGUUGGAUAACUGUCAGAAGCGGAACCAGUUCCUCGAGGCCGAGAGUGUGGAGAUGGAAAAAGAGAGAAACCAGAUCAGAUUUGAAAUGCGUGGUUUGCUGGUGAAUAACGAAGACCUACUGAGGACCAACACUCAACUGGCCAAUGAAAUGAAGCGAAUGAGAGAGCAGAUGAUAGAGAUGGAGCGAACCCAUCAGGCUUUGGUCGAUAAGCAGAGAGAGAUGGAGAUUGAGGUGAAGCAGGCCCGCGACAUGAUGGUGGAGGCUAAUACUCAGGAGUACGCCUUUGGCUUCCUCCAGCAGUCUCUUAAAAACAAGAUUCAGGAUGCUGAGGAGAGCCUUGAGAAGCAGACGCUGCACUCUCAGAGUCUGGCAGAGAAGUUAUGGCUGGCCGAGAGACAACUGGAGGAGCUGGAGGUGGACCAAGAGAGCAAAAGCAAGAAGACGUCAGAACUCAGCAGCACUGUUCUCCGACUGGAAACAGAGCUGGCCGAUGCCCUGCAGAUGUCUUCCCAAUCUGCAGCAGAGUUGAAUCUUCAGCAGAAAUUGCGUCAGGAUGCCCAGUUGAGGAUGGAAGAAUUGGAAGAGUCUUUGCUGGAGAAGGAACAGGAGCUGCAGAGACUCCAGGCACUUGUCGUCAGGCUCCAGGGAGAUGUGUCUGGUAAGCUGAUAGACAAGGAACAGACGCUGGAGGAGGAGAUCCAGCUGAGAGAGAGACUCCAGCUGCAGUGCAAGCAGGCGGAGAGGACAGUGGAUGACCUCCAGAUGGAGCUGCAGACCACCAUCCAGACCAAAGAGGACCUGGCAAAACAACUCAAGCAGGCCCAGGAGAAAUUAAUUGACCUAGAAACUGAUGUUGAGGAGCUGCAUGAUAGUGAGCAGAGAUGGGCCGCCAAACACAAGAGAACUAUUGAACAGACUGAGCAGCUGCAGCUGAAACUCAUUCAGGAGAAAGAUCUGAACGACCAACUGGAAACGGAGAAGGCCAUCAUUGAGAGACAGUAUCGCGAUCUACGUUUGGAGUUGGAUGCGUUUGAGAGCACCAAACCUUUGGAGGAUGUCAUCUCCAAGACAGAAAGUCGUGUCAAAGAGCUGGAAAACCUUCUGAGAACCGAGGAAAGGAACAAAGCCGUUCUUUCUAACACCAUUGGUAAACUGGAGAGGAAGAUCAGUGAGCUGAAUGAUCAGAUGGAGGAAGAGCACAGGAUAGCUGCUGAGCAGAAUGACCUGUUGGCCCAGAGAAUCCGCUCACUGAAACGUCAGCUGAACGAGGGCGAGGAGGAGGCCGGCAGGAGGGACGCUCAACUCCGUCACUGUCAACGGGAACUGGCUGAGGAAAGAGAAUCUAACGGACGGCUUCAGAGACAGCUGCUUGACCAACACCUGCAAACAAAGCGAAAGGAGACUCUGACAAUUCGCCAGACUCUUGAUAACCUGCGGCUGGACCUCAGCGUUGAUGAUGAAGAUGAACUAGUGCCACAACAGAAAGAAGUGAAAGAAGAGAAGGUGGCGGAGCAGUUGUCGGGGCAGAUCAAUAAGGUCACUGAGGUUUGAAAGACCACCGUCAAUGUGUUAGAGAGUAAGCACGUAUCACUAUCGGAACAUAGUAUUACAUGUUCUAUGGAAUCAAGUUUAUGCAUAUUUAUGGGGGGCGGACUUUAUUCUACAUCUUUGCAAGCACACAUGCGUUCCAAUUAAAAUCACACAGAAAGCACAGUCAGAUUGUCUAUGUGUAACAUUUGUAAACAAACUCUAGCUGUAUCGCAGAUACAAUAAAAUGUAUGAUGUCAAUAUGGCUAAUUCUUGACAACCGCAUGGUUUAAUCACAGGUCUUAUAAAUCAGUCAGCUGCACAGAAUAUUACAUGUUGAACAUGUACUAUAAAAAUGCCUUUUUUAAUUUUUCAUAUCACUAUCAGUAACUUUGUUUACAGAUCAUUAUCAUUAAAAUAUUAUUUGUUAGGAAAAAAAAUCAUCCCAUAAACUCACAAGCUUGAAUUGGUACAAAGUUAAAGUAACGAGGUAAAAACAUCUUUAUUAUUGUGGUUGUAUUUUCUAACGGUGAGGAACUGAACAGAGCUCUUUUGUUCAUACAGUUCUUUUGAGGAGGUGCCCCUAAAACGGUGGCCAGUGAGUGUGGCAAGUGUCAGAAGACUAUCAUUAAAAUGAUUCUUCUUAUGUUCUUCUAUAGCCACAUUCGAAUGUUUAAGACCACCAACUCAUUUAUGAAUAAUUGGUAAGGGUAAUUAGUAGGGAAGGGAAUGUAUGACAAAAUGAGUAGCAGCACAAUAAUAUUCUCAGAAAAGUCUAAUUAUUACAGUUCUGAUCACCAAACUGACUGUUGGAAGGUUUGAAAAAAUGACUAAAGUACAAACUCACCGUGAAAAUGUUAAUAGUUCAUUCAAUAGAGUAAAAUUUGCAUUUGCAACUUGACAUUUGUCUCAGAAAAUAAUGAGCUCAGUAUAAAUAAUGUAUAAGUGUUUUGUGUUGAUUUUAUGGAGUUUUGCAGACAAUCUUUAAGCUUUGUGUUAAAAAGUGGUUCAUAUAUUGUCACUGUAUUGGUCUUACUGGUUGUUACCACAUUACAGGGUUAUGACAAAACACUAUUAAAGUGUAGAGCCCAAGAGUCACCCAAGGGCUUUGACAAAUUAAUUUAUAUUGAAUAAAAGUUGUGUUCAUGUUGCAUUGUUAAUUACUUGUUGGGCAAAACAGGUUUGUAAAAAGUGAAAAGGAGGUUUCUAAUGCUGUGUCUUAAGUGUUUUAGGAGGUGUACUGCUGAAUGCAAAAAAAUAAUAAUAAUUAAAAAAAAAAAACGUGCUGUGCCUUAAGCAUCAACGUGCCUAAUGUGCCUAUUGAUGUUUCUAACAUCCAGACUGUAACAUGAAGUUUUAAAACGGAAAUAACGUGAAAAAAAUGAGGAGGCUUGCAUGGAUCCAUUGAAUCUUAUGAAAAUGACGCUUCUUGUAUUUUAAUCUUGGCCAUUGUAUUUUGUGUUCCUUCAUACUCUAACUUACUGCCUUCUUUGGGCUCUUUUGAGCUGUUUUGUAUAUAAGCCGUAAUUAAAAAUAAGAUACUCAGAUAA